AUGAGAACUGCUGAUCCUUCUGAUCUGUUUAAAGUAUUAUUAGAAGUUGUAUCCAGUGCUCCCUUUACUGCUAGGAGAGAGGUCAGUUUAACAAAACAUCAUGUGAGCAAAAGAGAUGCAUUUGGAAAAUUUGCGAAAGGCUUUGUUGAUGGUUCUAUACUGGGUCCUAUUGGUGGUGUUGUUGGCGGUUUUAUUUGUUUAUUUUUCUGCCCUGACCCUCCUCCUCCAAACCAACCUCCUAACUUUGAUUCCUGCUAUGGACCCACGGAUCAAUUCGCAGACUAUGGACAAAGAUCAACAGUUGUUUCCUGGCCGUCCCCAUCUGCUUCUGAUAAUGAGGAUGGCACUUUAUCGGUGUCUUUGGUUCAAGGAAGUCCACCUGGUAGUACUUUUGAGAGUGGAUCUCACACAAUCAUCUAUAGAGCAUCAGACAGCAGAGGUGCCACUACACACUGUUACUUCUCCUUCAAAGUGACCGUGAUUUCUUGCAAUCCUAUAGUCUGGCCACUGCAUGGAUAUGUUAGAUGUGAUAAAGCAGAAUUUAUAUAUGGAUCCAAAUGCACUUUGUCCUGCUUUGAGGGCUAUGAAAUGGCAAAUAGUUCUACAGAGGAACCCACUAUUAUCACGUGCGACAAAACAAGUGACAACCUGCCAGUUCUGGAUAAACCUCUCCCAACAUGCAAAGCUAUCACCUGUCCAGCCAAUGAUCCUGCUCUGAUCCCAGAGAAUGGGCAAGCAAUAUGUACUCACAGCAAUUACAAAUAUGAUACUGCUUGUAUAACUCAGUGUAAAAACGGAUACAGUUUAUCAUCAGGGCAACUGUUCUCCUCCUGCAAAGCUGACAAAACAUGGUCAAGUGAACUUCCUGAUUGUAAAGAUAGCGAAUCACCAGAAAUAAGUAACUGCCCUGGUACAAUAUUUGCUUAUACUGAUCGAAACAGUCGCACAGCUUCAGUAUCAUGGUUGGAGCCACUUGCGACUGACAACCAAGGGUCCGCCAUCCUGAAUAGGACCAAAGGACCUGCUCCGGGAUCAAUUUUUAAUAUAGGAUUUACUGAGAUCAGAUACAGGGCUGAGGAUGCCGAAGGGAACGUAUCACCCGAGUGUUCCUUCUUCGUAAAUGUCGAGGAGGUUCGCUGCGACCCACCUUUAAUCGUUGACAAGUAUCUGUUUUAUCAAUGUCCUAAUGGGUACACUUACGGCUCCACAUGUCAGUUACGAUGUAUGGGAAGCUUUCCAUUAAUUGGCAACGACACGAUCACAUGUGAGAGGAAUGACAGCUUUUCUCCUCCUCUGGGAUACUGGGAUAUGGGCGAUGCUGAACCAUUCUGCCAGAAAAAUCCAUGUGAUAUACUACCACCACCAGAAAAUGGCGCUAUGGUUUGUGACACCUGGUUAUUCGGAAUGCAAUGCCAAAUGCAAUGUUCUGAUAAAUAUGACAUACCAUAUGGCACUGUUGGUUCUAAUGGGGCUCCAUUUACGGGACUUUUUACAUGUUCAGAAUCGAAAGGAGAGUAUACACCAUCUAAUAAUGUCCCCGGAUGUACGGAAUUUCGAAGACCAGGAAUGACCACUGUCUUGGGGGAGUUCUUUUACUAUACUGGUAAUUGUAACGAUCUCACUGUAUUGGAUGAUAUUAAAGAAAACUUUAUCGACAAGAUGCAGCUUCUUGAGACCCAAGGGUGGAAUGGUGUAUGCCCCACACAAAUUGACUGUAAUGUCAAUAACACUGUGGUUACAUGCGGUCCUGUGACCGGAAGGAGGAAACGUGACAUUUCUAAUUUCUUCCGGGUUGAAAGAAGCACCCACGAGAUACGGGUCGAAUUGACAAUGAUAACUACUUGGUAUAACUUCAACUCGACUGGAGGUUCAACAUUUUAUUUCCUUGAAGAAAUACAGAAAAAAGUAUUUAAUGUUAUAAAAUCCUCCGCAUCUAAUGGCAAUUUAACUGUAAGAGGAUUAAGUCCUGACCUAAACAGUUUUGUGCUCGGUUGGAGUGAUCCAUAUUGCCCCGAAGGAUCAAUCAUUCGGUGGUCAACUUUGACUUGUGUUCCUUGUGCUGCCGGAACAUACCUUGACAAAUCAGAUGCAAUGAAUCCAGCGUGUGUAGAGUGCCCAGUUGGAACUUAUAAAGAUAAUGAUAUUUCAUGUACUGCUUGUCCAGCAAUGACAUCAACAUUGACCAAUGGAACUCAAAACUUUACCGACUGUUUAAAAAAAUGUCAACCUGGAGAAUAUUCCACAACGGGUCUUGAGCCGUGUCAUUUUUGUCCACGUUCCUCAUACCAAAAUGCAGAAAGUUCCAGAUCAUGCAUGGAUUGUCCUGCCGGUAAAACAUCAUAUCCUGGAAGCACAUCAAUAAGUAAUUGUUCAGAUUUUGAUCUUGUUCUCUCCAACGCCAGCAGUGAAACAUUGUUUUUUCCUGCAUCAACUGCUCAAGUUGCCUUUUCUUUCAUGACAUGGAUUAACCCCUCUCAAACGAGGGCUAAUAUCAGUCUGUUUCAGACGAAGUCGACGGCAUUCACAUUGAAUGUAUAUUACACCAAUGAACUAUUUAUUGAAAUAAACAGCAAAAGUAUCCAAGCUAAUGUAACGUUUCCUAUAGCCUUGUGGUCACAUCUGCUCGUGCGAGUUACUUCUGUGACGUCUUCUUUGACGGUAUUUUUGAACGGUGUCAGUGUAUUACACACGCCGAUUUCUUCGUAUGUCCCAGCAGGGAGUACACUAAUUGACGAUACGUCCCAGUUAAGCCUAGAGUUAUAUGAAGAUACUAGAACAGGCUAUUAUAUCUCAGAAUACCAAGUUGAGUUUACAGCACUGUCUGAUGCUGAAGUUGCCUCUGUUGCCACAUCCUGUCAUAUGAAGAGAACGGAGGCACAAAUAACAAUGGACACGUUCAAAAACUUUUCACAUGUUACUGGACAGAAGCUUUUGAUUCAUAGUCCGAGUGUAUGUGACAAUGUGAAUCAAUGCAUUCCAAAUCCUUGUAAUGACCACGAAUGCCAAGACAGAGUAAAUAGUUAUAAAUGUCUCUGUACUAAUGGAUAUCACGGGGAAAACUGUCAAAAUCCACCAGAUUACUGUCAAGGUCAUCCCUGUAAAAAUGGAGGAACGUGUACCCCUGCAACAAGCAACUUCACAUGUACAUGUCCUACUGGAUAUAAAGGAUUCAUUUGUGAAAUCAGAACGGUAAAUGGUGGGUGGAGUACCUGGGGGUCAUAUAGUGAAUGUUCCGUUUCUUGCGGUGGAGGACAGAAAUCCCGCACUCGACUCUGCAAUAGCCCAACACCAGAUCCGGAUGGUAUCCCGUGCAAUUCUUCAGAAUCUACUGAAACUACAUUGUGCAAUACUGUUAUAUGUCCAUCUUGUCCCUCCAUACAAAGAGGAUUCGGAAAUAUUCUCAAUUGUACUAAUACUGCAGAUGGCCAUAAAUUAUGUACAUUGCAAUGUCGUCCUGGUUUAACAUUUAUGUUUGGAAAUUUACCUCUUCCUUUGUAUAUCUGUGGUGUAAAUACAUCAUAUAUAUGGAACGGAAAACCUCCAUCGUGCGGUAGAAUAUCCAGUCCCUCAAGGAUUUCCACACUUUCAAACGUACAGUACAGCACUUCUAUUCCAUGUGAUAGUUCAUCAAAUGCCGCUGCAAAGCUGAAGAAUAGCUUAGAGUCUGACCUACAAUGCUCAGUAAAUAAAUCCUGCUCUAUUAAUGUAGACGUUCCAGGUUGCCCGGCAGUAGGUGUCCGUCGACGACGUUCGACAGCAUCCGAUACUCAGACCAUCACAUUGUCGUACAAUCUUACUGCUGGGGAUAAUUUAGACUUGCAGCUAUUUUACGAAUCAAAUAAUGCAAGCCGGAACCUUCAAGAAUUACUAUUUGCUUUGAGUGAACUAGAAGCAUCUGCAAGUCAAAUAAACAGCUCACAUAGCAUAUUGUCGUUUGAAUUAAAUGGUGUGCAAUAUACAUCUGAGGCAGUAUCGACAGACUCCGUCGUAGAAUGCUCUCCUGGACAAGGCCGGCAAGAAGCUUUUUGUAUUGACUGUCCAUUUGGUACUUACUCCUUCUCAAAUAAUUGCCCUCUGUGUCCUUUGGGUUCAUAUCAAGAUGAGGAAGCACAGAUAUACUGUAAACCAUGUCCUUUGGGAAUGAAAACAACCGCAGAAGGAAGUCAAAAUAUCUCGGAAUGUUCAGUGACCAUUGAGUCAACAACAUUUGUACCAUCAAGUACUGUGACGAAUAUGACAUCCCCCGGGUCUGCUUAUAUAUCAUCGACCAUCUCAACUUUAAUUUCGUCAGAAUCUUCCCAAAACACUUCUGACAUAUCCACCACUUUAGACACACCAGUGCUAAUAAACACUACCUUUUCUUCACAACCAACAAUGGAGUCUAGAUCUUCUUCUGCUACAACUUUCACAGGUCAAAGCACGACAAUCCCACCAACCACCUUCAUAAGGAGUACCUCCGAAUCACAACCAACACAAGAGGCAAUGACUUCAAAAGCUCAUCAUUUUACAACUACCCCUGAUCCAUUGAUAACAUUAUCGUCAAAUAAUCAAGCAACAAAACGUUCAAAGGAAAGAAAUAAUGAAGAUGGAUCAAAAGCAGUUGUCAUUGCAGUUGGUAUUAUAGGGACAAUCUUUGUCCUGCUAUCAAGCAUUGUUCUGAGUAUGCUGUUCCAUAAAAAAUGUCAAAGAGCACGACAUCGAAGAGAUCUGUCCUUAGUAGGAAGUUGGGUGAGCUUAAAUAUGGUCAAACCACAAUAUUCAGACAUGUCAGCAAAGACAAACUUUAGCUCCAACUUUACACUGAGUGGCAAAGAGCAUGGAUUCUCAAAAUCUUACACUUAACUGAAGAGAAUGCCCAUAAGUCAACUAUCUACUGCCUACUAUCAUUGUGAUUCAUGCAAAUAAUAAUUUAAUUUGAUAUUACUAAA